GCCCGCCUCCGCGCUCUUCCGGCAAGAGCAGGUCGCCGAGGUGGCCGAGCCCACGCCGGGGGGGGGCCAGGGGCCUCCGCGGGCGCCCGUCACGUGGCUGGCCGUGCCGCGGCCCACGGCGCAGGUGCAGCUCAUCGCUUCGGAGCACCACGCGCAGGUCGGGUCGGCGACUCUGCGGGUGCUGCGCUGCGUGCCGCCUGCCGCGCGCGAGAGGCUGGCGGCCAGCACGAGCGAGGUGCUCAUAAGGGCGGUGCGCGCAGGCGUGUGCCUCGAGGAGGUGGAGGAGCUCUGCCGCGGCGCCCGCGAGCUUGGCCCUGGCGCGCUGGAGCACCCAGGGGCGGCUGAGGCCCUAGAUGUCGCCGCCAACAUGGGCAACAUGGCUGUGGUCGGGGUGCUGCUGCGGGCCGGGGUGCGGGCCAGCAUGGACAGCGUGCGCAGGGCAGAGAAGGCAGGCCAGCUGGACCUCGCGAUGCGCAUCUUCACGCACCUGGCCGGGGACACCAGCCGGCCCAUGCUGGCCAGGGCGCUGGCCGAGAGGCUGCCCGACGUGGCAGAGAGGCUGGUGAAGGACGACCCCGACGCGCUGGACGACCUGCCCGCGGACGGUGGCUCGGCGGCCAAGAUGGCGCACUCGGCCAUGGCGUGGACGGUGCUGGCCAUGCUCAUCGGCCGCGGCGACCCGCUGCCCGCCCCGCCGAGGCAGCUGCUAGACUAUGCGCUGCGCGCUGGCCACGCCGGCCUGGCGCGGGUGCUGCUGUCGCACAACGAGGGCUUCGAGGACAUGGAGAAGAGCCUGCGCACCUGCCUGGAGAACGGGCGCGUGGAGAUCGUGCGCGAGGCCCUGGAGGCGCAGUGGCGCGUGCGCGCCAGCCUCUGGAGCGACUCGACUGGCCCGCCGCUGCUGUCGCUGGAGUGCGGCCCCGCCGACGAGCCCGCCGAGUGCGGGGUGUGCUUCGACUCGCUGCACGUCAACCCUGGGGUGUUCGUCGGCGCGCAGGGCUUCCGAGUCUGCCCGCACUUCAUCUGCCUCGACUGCGCGGAGCACGUGCAGGACGAGGCCGUCGCCCGGCACCAGCGCUGGCGGCAGCGCAACGACCGGCGCUUCCCGGAGCCCCCUGGGCCCGUCUGCCCGCUGUGCCGCGCGCCCUUCAAGAGCGCGGUGCGGCUCAAGGAGCCCACCGUCGACCCGCGGAGCUUCUUCCGGCUGGCCUGCGUGCCCGACGACCGUGAGCACGGCGGCGGCGGGGAGGACGUGGCGGAGCGUCGCGCGGAGGACCUGCGACUGAAGAGGAAUAUCGCGCUCGGCGCCCUUACGGCGCUGCUGCCGGUGAUCAAGGGAGGGGAACAAACCAGACCCCAAAGAACGGCGUUUACUGGAAGUCCUGGGCCCCGGGCGUUCACUAAAAUUGCCCUGCCCUGUUCGAUUUGUUGCUCCAUGUGCGUUCAGUCAAGGACUUCGCUUGUAGGACUGGCUAUUCUGAGGGUAUUUUCUCUGCCCUCUACAGUCAGCGCGCGUGGCAUGGGUGAGUAA